AUGCCGUCUGUAGGUGACGUCGUCUACGCCAAUACCUACCCAGCGGUGUUACUUCGCCGCCGUGGACGUACAGAGUGGCACGUGCGCUAUUUGAGCGCUCAGGAGAAUUCGCAAUUUCACUGCGAUGAAAGCCGGAUGAAAGCAGUCCACGUGGAGGACACAGUGCAGGUGGUCGAAAACCCCUGGGGCCUGCUUGAAGAUGGUCUCAAGGAAGCUCGGAGGUUGAUUGAAGUGGAUCCCUCUAAAGGAGGCUGGGGGUCCGCGGACAUCAAACUCCGGAGGCCGACACAAAGUCGGACUCACGGAGUCACCAGAUUGGGCCUCCAAAGACAUGGAGCUGGAAUCGAGGCUCAAGGUGCCCUGAAUGGAUUGGCGCCAGCUGCAGCGAACGUUGUUGCCCCAGCUCAAGGCUCCGUUGUUGGACCUUCAACUCCGGCUCAGAAAGCAGCCAAGAAAAGAUCGGGAGACGGAGACGAAGGAGCCUCAGCCAAGAAGUUCCAAAAAACCACCGAAAUGCAGGAGGAAGAGGAAGAGGUUGAAGCCAAGGACACGAACAGCGCUGAAGAGCCAGCACAACAGCAAAGCCUCUUCUCCAAAUAUUGGGAAACAAUGGUUCAGUGGUUGAAAAAAUAA